AUGACACUGUUCUUCAGUUUUGCUAUGGCAGAACCUAUUCUGCAGCGAAUAAAGGAGGACCGGACUCGGGUGGUGUCUCCCUCUUUUGACAACAUCAAAUAUGACACCUUCGAGAUCGAGGAAUACCCACUGUCUGCUCAAGGCUUUGACUGGGAACUGUGGUGUCGAUACCUCAACCCACCAAAGUCCUGGUGGACGCAACACAACCACACAGCCCCUAUCAGGAAGUACUUUGAAGAGAUUGGCCUGCUAGAUGAAGGCAUGGAAAUUUAUGGUGGAGAAAACGUGGAGCUUGGCAUAAGGGUGUGGCAGUGUGGCGGCAGUGUGGAGGUCCUACCCUGCUCCAGGAUUGCCCACAUUGAGCGUGCCCACAAGCCCUACACAGAGAACCUGACAGCUCACGUGCGUCGUAACGCUCUGAGGGUGGCUGAGGUCUGGAUGGACCAGUACAAGAGUCACGUCUACAUGGCCUGGAAUGUUCCACUGCAGAAUUCGGGUAUAAACAUUGGGGACAUCUCAGAGAGAAAAGCCCUGCGAUCCAGACUCCGGUGCCGAUCGUUCAGCUGGUUCCUGUCCAACAUCUAUUCUGAGCUCAGAUCUUACAUUGAUACUGUUGCUUAUGGAGUGUUGAAGAACAGUCUAAGAGAUGACCUGUGUUUGGACCAAGGACCUGACACUGACAAUGUCCCCAUCAUGUAUCUCUGUCAUGGUAUGACACCACAGCAGCACAUAUACUACACAAGCUCCCAGCAGAUUCACCUGGGAGUGCUGAGUCCAACCAUUGAUGAUGAUGAUAACAAGUGUCUGGUGGAUGUGAAUAGCAGACCCAGACUUCUGGAGUGCAGCUACGCAGCUACCAAGCACAUGAAGCUCACUUGGACGUUCACUCAGGGUGGUUCCAUCCAGAACACAGAGUCUCAGCAUUGCCUGGAGCUGCUGGAGAGCAGACAGGCAGAGUUUGGUUUCCAGCUGGUCAUUCAGGACUGUACCAGUCAGAAAUGGACCAUCACCAACAUACUGACAGUCCUGCCACAGUGAACACAAUGGCAGCACUAGUGGAGCACCUUUGUUGUGAUGGACUAAUCUAGUAAGCAAGGAAGUUCAAACAAGGCACUGCACUGCUUCAAAAAACCAACAUGUCAUGUUCUGGUACACCUAAAAAGUAUUAGUCCAGUUAGAAAUGAACUACCACACUGACCUAAGCAAACGGAAUGUCCAAAAUAAGGACUUAUUUUUAACAAGAAUCUGCAUUGGAAAAAAUGUGCUUCAAACAAAUAUUGACCAUCAGUAACCUAAUAACCAUUUAAUACCAGUGCCCUGAGAGAAGAGCCACUCACAGAUGAAGCCAGGGCUCUUAAAACCUUCCACUCUGCAAAUGAGAUGAGAAAUACAGUCACUUGUUCCAGAGGACAGGCUCAUGAAAUCAUGUAUGCGCUCUGGUUAUUUCAGGAGCAAACCUGUUGUAUGUAUUUUUGAUGCCUGUUCACAGUUUAAGAUUGAGCCUGAAGCUCCCUCAGUCUCAUUGCACAAUCACCAUACCACCAUAUCACCAGUAAGGGUGGUGUCGCUAUGUUUGUAUGCAGAGAGAGAAAUGCAAGGUGAUGGACAGUCCACAUAUUGGAACCAUUUCACAAUGCAAACUGGCUGAUUUGUUACACAAAUUAUAUGACAGGUUUUGAGUUAUUACCGUUACACACCACUUGACCAAAAGUGUCAGCAGAACAGAUGCUGUAGAUUUCCUCAGUAUCACAAAAAAGUGGGAAGGUGUAAUGGAGAAUAACCAGCGAGUGAUUUACAGGGGCACUGUGAUAGAAACUCUGUCCCUCAGAAGGUUCAGCAUGUGCUUUGUAAUUAAUUGGAUCAGAAGCAGAGACUUCCAUCAUGCUGGCACAUUUGUGGGUUCAGAGACCCAGCAGGAGAUGUAUCAGGAAGAGACCAGGUUGGACUUGGACUUGGACUUCCUGCUAGCUCCUGUAACACCAGCACAUAAACACAACUCAGUCUCAUGCAGCAAUGAUAUAUCUGCUGAAAUAAAAGCAGGUGGGCGAAAGAGUUGAGUUAAAGUGAUAUGGAAGCUGCUGGUGUUGGAAAAGAUGAAGCACACUUCAACAGCUGCUCUGGCAUUUAGAAAUAUUGACCAUAAGACCAAAUUGUCCCAGAAAAACUCCACUUAAAUAAGUUAGUAUAGACUAGCCACCCAACUCAGGACAUUUUUUCUGGGUAUUUAAAGAAACCAUACAAUUUCAAAUUUAGUUUAUUGAUUUAACUACCAACCUUAAAAACCCAACAUGUGUAACAUUAGUGUAAUCAGAGAAAUUACACCUGCUAAAUUUCCAGACCGAGGACAUGACCUUAUGUCUUCUGUGGUAGCAGUGGACCUCCAAAUUGUGUUGGUUCAAAUAUCAUGCUCAUGGAAAUCUGAUAUGACAAAUACUGGCUUAAAGGACAAAUCUUCCCUAAAAUACCAAAUGUCCGCCUGUGUUCAGAAGCUUUACUAGGGCAAAAACCCAAGUUCAGAUACUGUAUCUGUAGUCCUAUUUCAGGGACCUCCUCCUUCAAAGUGCUCUUUUUGAAAAUAAGACCUGUGGUUGACCCUGUUUGUAACUUCAGCCAAAAAAAUGCAUCAUUCUUUUGCCUGUCUGGUUUAUCAUUAUAACUCUUAAGUGUCCAAAGUCAGCUGUGUCCUACUGUUUUUGUGUUUUAUAUAUAUAUACUGCUCAAAAAAUAAAGGGAACACAACAUAAG